AUGUUACCAGUGAUGGCUGCAAUCUGCCUUUGGCUUGGUACCCGAGUCUUCGUGCAGGGAGCUCUUUGCGAGCCGAUUAAGAUCCCGAUGUGCAAAGCAAUGCCCUGGAAUAUCACGCGAAUGCCCAACCAUCUACACCACAGCACCCAGGAGAAUGCUAUUCUGGCUAUAGAGCAAUACGAGGAUUUAGUGGACACCAGAUGCAGUCCAGUGCUGCGCUUCUUUCUCUGCGCAAUGUACGCGCCCAUCUGCACUUUUGAAUUCCUGCACGAUCCCAUCAAACCAUGUAAAUCCGUUUGCCAACGUGCAAGAAAUGGUUGCGAGCCUAUUCUGAAAAGGUACAACCACAGCUGGCCCGAGAGUCUGGCAUGCAGCGACCUACCCGUGUACGACCGAGGGGUCUGCAUCGCUCCCGAGGCAAUUGUCACCGAUUUAUCCCAGGAUGCAAAGUGGAUGGAAUUCACCCGAGAUGUGGUCGUCCCGAAAGCUUCUGAGUGUAAGAGUUGGAAUUCAAAUCGGUGUAAAUGUAGAAAAGUUAAACCAACACUAAAAGUGUACUUGGGCAAGAAUUAUAACUAUGUUAUUCGGGCCAAAGGAAAAGAAGUGAGCAGAAGUGGCUGUAAUGAAAUCAUUACAGUGGUGGAGGUGAUAGAGACUUUCAAAUCAUCAACACCUAUCCUGCAACCUUACGUAACCCUCCUCACCAAUUCUUCAUGCUUGUGUCCUCAGCUGCCACCCAAUCAGGACUCGCUCAUCAUGUGCUAUGUUCUCCACUCACGACUGAUGCUCUUUAAUGGCUGUUUAGUUGAAAAAUGGAGAGAUCAAUGGGUGAAACGGUUCAAGCACUGGGAACAAAGGUUAAACCAGCAAAGGCAGUUGCGUGUUACUCAAGAAAGAAACAAAAAUGCGGGAUACCGUAAACAGAGUGGUGGUCCAAAGGUCUCAAAGAAUCCAAGCCAAGUUCUUGGCAUCCCUGGAAAAACAAACAAAAAUAAAAGCAAGAAGGAAACCAAAAAACUAUGAACUGGAAAGUUUGUGCACUUGCAUUCUGAAUAUAUAUUUUGGCUUCAGAAGCAUCAGUAAGCUACAGAUCACUUCAAUCUAAAUAAUCCUGGCAUUUAUUACAAAACUGCAUUUUGAAAUGUGUAUAUAUCAUAGCAUCAUCAACACCAUAAAAAAGCUGGAGUUUAAUAAUUUGCUAAUCAUAAUCAUUGGUUCACUGAACAGUGUGGUUGGCACCUAUGAAUGUCCUGGUAUUUCUAAUUUCUCAUGUUCCAAAACAAGGAAACGUGUCUUUGAAGCAUUUCUGACCAUCUCAUGGUCUUGUGACUGGCUGCCCUGCUACUACUGUUUACUGUAUUGCUUGUUCACAAUGUGCCCUUUGCAAGUUUAUCUCUACAUCUGAAUUAUUUCUUCCAUAGCAUAGAUAUAUUGUAUUACUUAUUUAAGAUAUUAUUCUUCCAAUGUGUCAGUUUAAUGUAGAGAACCAGUAGAUAAUCAGUAAAUGAAAUUAUUUUUAAAAACUGCAGAUGCUGGAAAUCUGAAAUGGAGCACUACAGCAUAGAAACAGGGUUUUUGGCCCAUCUACUCUGUGCCUAACCAUUAAUCUUCCUAGUUCCAUUAACCUGCACCCAGACCAUAGCCUUCCAUACCCCUCCCAUACAUUUACCUACCCAAACUGCUCCUAAAUGUUGAAAUUAGCCCUGCAUCCACCAUUUCCGCUGGCAGCUCAUUCCACACUCUCACUGCCCUCUGAGAGCAAUAGUUCUCCCUCAUGUUCCCCUUUUCACCUUUCACCCUUAAUCCAUGACCUCUAGUUGUAGUUUUACCCAACCUCAG